CCCAGCAUCCCCCCAGGAUGCACUUGUCCAACAUCACUCAGUUUAGCCCUGUGCUCUACCUCACUGGCUUUCCAGGGUUGGAAACCAUUGAGCAAUGGAUUUUCAUCUUCUUCUUCCUCAUGUACCUCGUGGCCAUCUCUGGCAACUGCUUCAUCCUGAUAAUUAUUAAGACCAGCCCUCGUCUGCACACACCCAUGUACUGUCUGCUCUCCUUUCUGGCCUUCACUGACCUGGGCCUGUCAGUGUCCACCUUGCCCACCACUAUGGGAAUCUUUUGGUUCAACUCACGUGAUAUCUACUUUGGAGCCUGCCAAAUCCAGAUGUUGUGCAUCCACUCAUUUUCCUUCAUGGAGUCCUCAGUACUCCUUGUCAUGUCCUUUGACCGCUUUGUGGCCAUCUGCCACCCCCUGAGGUACUCGGUCAUUAUCACCGGCCAGCGAGUGGUCAGGGCAGGCCUGGUUGUCAUCCUUCGGGGACCUGUAGCCACUGUUCCCAUUGUUCUCCUCCUGAGGACUUUUCCUUACUGUGGGUCUCGAGUCCUCUCCCAUUCUUUCUGCCUGCACCAGGAGGUCAUACACUUGGCCUGCACAGACACCACCUUCAACAACCUGUAUGGGCUGAGCCUGGUGGUGUUCACUGUGAUGCUGGACCUGGCGCUCAUUGCACUGUCCUAUGGGGUCAUCCUGCACACAGUGGCAAGACUGGCCUCCAGGGAGGAGCGGCUCCGAGCCUUCCAAACAUGUACCUCACACCUCUGUGCUGUGCUGGUGUUCUUUGUGCCCAUGGUGGGGCUGUCCCUGGUUCAUCGCUUUGGGAAGCAUGCUCCACCUGCUGUCCACCUUCUUAUGGCCAAUGUCUACCUCUUUGUGCCUCCCAUGCUUAAUCCAAUCAUAUACAGUAUUAAGACCAAGGAGAUCCGUCAUGCCAUCAGCAAUCUCCUGGGUCUUAGAAAGGCUGGUGCUGAAUCCUGGAGCUAA